GUAGCUUUUGGUUGUUAGACUAUUCUUUGAAUUGAACAAUUGUGUGCAUAAGUAAAAAAAUAAUAACGUCAAAAAAUAUCGAUGAAUUUUCAAUAUUAAGUAAAUAUUAAAUAAAAAAUUUGUAAUAAAUUGUGAUAGUUUAAUCAGAUUAUCAAUAAAAUAAAAAAAUAAUAAUAAAAAUAAUAAAGGAAUAUCGUUGUAGUGAUGGCAGUGUAGGACUGCUAAAAUGGCGACGAUCUGGCGGUGAAUGGUAAAAAGGAAGUGCUGGACUAAGAUAGUGUUUUGAUUCGUACAAUAGGUAGUCAACGCACAACGAACGUCGUGCAAGUACAGUAAUAGUCACGCGAACGUAUAAUACAUACACAUAUAUAUAUAUAUAUUUUUUUCUUUAGUAUUAGAAAAAUAAAAAAAUAUAAUAAACACGUAAACGUACCAGGUGUGUUUGUUAGUUAAGAAAAUAAUUGAAGACAAGUUAAAACGUUAAUAAGAUAACGGCUGUAAAGCAGCACCGCCCGGUGGUGGUGAAAAUUCCAUCUUCCGUGCUGUGACGGCCGCAAUGCUCGUUUUGAGUGGCGAUUAUAUUCUUUUUGAUAAAUUCGUUGGGACCAUUGCUAAAAAAAAAUAUUAUUUCGAUACAAACAUAAUUAACAGUAACAUUUACGUCGAGGUCGACGUCACGAAUAACGCUCGUGACCCUCGACUUAGGAGUCAUUAGAUUAUUAUAAAAGCAUAGUUUAUUCUUCAAAAUGAAAAUCGACAGGAGUAGAUUGAAAAAGUGCACUUCUGAAGUGCCUGCCGAGUGCCAGGCACUAAUUAGUAAACUUAGGUCAUGCUCUCACAGCGAAUUACUUGAAGAAUUAAAACAAAUAGAUGCCUGGACUUUUGGAAAAUGUGAAUUAUUUCACUGGAUCGAUGUAUUAGAUCUUAGUGAUAGUAUAUUGGAAGCAGCUGUUGCAAGAAGUCCUGAUAAUCCAUGGGAAUUAGCUUGUGAUCUUCCUCAAAAUAGAGAAGCAAAAGAACUGCUUCUCUGGGUUCUUCAUUUCACCACUCUAUUGAUAGAACAUUCGUUUUCUCGGCAUCUUUAUAAUAGCAUGGAGCAUCUUGUAACUUUGCUGUCAAGUUGUGAUAUGCAAGUAGUACUUGGUGUUCUGAGUCUUUUGUACAUGUUCAGUAAACGAAGCAAUUUUAUCACCCGUUUAAAUAGUGACAAGCGCCAGGCUUUACUCAGUCGUUUAAAUCAUUUAGCUGAAAGUUGGGGUGGUAAAGAAAAUGGAUUUGGUCUUGCAGAUUGUUGUAAAGAACAUCCAGAUAAGCCAUUUCCACCAAGCGCUACUACAUUACACUUUGAAUACUACGCAGAAAAUCCAACAGCUACUGAAGCAACCAAUAGUUCAACGGGAAAUUCAAAUAUUAAAAAAGUUGGACAGACUAAUCUAGUAACAUAUAUACAUAUUGAAAAUGUAGAUAAACUUGGCAAAACACCAGCGCAAAUUAUGAAUGACUUGUUAAAAUUUUAUAACGUACCACAAGAUAGACAAAUGGCUCUUUUAACACACAUCAGAUUGGCUCACAGUUUUUCUGAUUAUCGAAGACGUUUACAGUGUGUUCAAGCUCGUCUACAAGCUCUCUCUGUACUUGUUUACAGCAAUGCCUUACAAGAAAAUGCUCAUAGUCUUCUUCAUGCUGGAUUAUUGGAGGAAUUAGUUGAAUUAUUAGAACUUCCACAUCCCCAUCUUGUUGAUAUUCGUGCAGCUGCACUGCGUACACUCACAAGUAUCAUCCAUCUUGAUCGAAAUCCUCACUUUCCUAAAAAACCAGGCUCUCGUCUUAAUAUGAUAAUAGAUGUUACCGGUGCAAGUUCUUACCAUGGAUUUUUGCCGGUAUUAGUUCGUACGUGUAUAACAACACUUACAUCGCCACAACCAGACGGUCAACCUUUCCCUUUGGCAUUGGCUACUGCAUUGUUUAGUUUCUUGUAUCAUCUUGCCAGUUAUGAAGCCGGUGGAGAGGCUCUUGUCAGUUGUGGAAUGAUGGAAAGUCUUCUCAAAGUCAUAAACUGGCCUGGAAGUGAAUUGGAGCAUAUUACGUUUGUAACGAGAGCUGUACGAGUGAUUGAUCUCAUCACAAACAUUGAUAUGCAAGGGUUUCAAGCACACGGUGGUCUGUCAAGUUUUAUAAAUAGAUUAGAUAUGGAGGUUAAUAUUUGUAGAAAGGUACAACCUUUUGAAAUUGAUCCAAGUAUGUACAAUCAAGAUGUUCCGGUAUGUACUCGUGAUAAAUCAAUUGAAAAUACUGAAGAAGCUGGUCCGUCACGAGCUUCUAAUCAAGUUUUUGAUGAACAUGAAGAAAUAUGUAAUCCAAUGGAAUUUUCUGAAGAUGAAAAUACAAAUUCUAAAACUGAAACUAAAAUAGAACAAAAUUCAAGUAACAACAGCUCACCAAUACGGUCAGGCAAGACAUGUUUACCUCAACGAGCUGCUCUAUUAAAAUCAAUGUUUAAUUUUUUGAAAAAAGCUAUUCAAGAUCCAGCAUUUUCAGAUAGUAUUAGACAUGUGAUGGAGGGUGAAUUGCCAUCUUCAUUGAAACAUAUUAUAAGUAACUCUGAAUAUUAUGGACCAUCAUUAUUUUUAUUAGCAAUUGAUGUAGUUACAGUUUAUGUUUUUCAAGAACCAUCAUUACUAUCUUCUUUACAAGAUAACGGUUUAACGGAUGUAGUACUUCACGCUUUGCUCAUUAAAGAUGUUCCGGCCACUAGAGAAGUUUUAGGUUCUUUACCAAAUGUGUUCAGCGCAUUAUGUUUAAAUCAACGUGGUCUUGAAUCAUUUAUGAAACGUCGACCUUUUGAAAGAAUUUUUAAAGUAUUAAUAUCACCAAAUUACUUAUCAGCAAUGCGUCGACGACGUAGUGCUGAUCCUCUCGGCGAUACGGCAUCUAAUCUUGGUAAUGCGAUGGAUGAACUCAUGCGUCAUCAGCCAAGCUUGAAGACCGAUGCAACUGCAGCAAUAAUAAAAUUACUUGAAGAAUUAUGUGUACUUGGUUGUGAUCCACGUUACAUAUGUUGGCGAGCAGCUAGUAAAACUGACAAUUCACCAUCGAGUUCAAAUUUAAAUACUCGACAAUCAUCUGGUCAAUCAGUUGGUGUAGGUGUUGGUGAUAAUGGAGCCGGAAGUGGUGGAGCUGGAGGAAGCAGUAGUGAUGAAGAAGAAGAAGAUGAGGAAGAAGCAAGCACAAGUUCACAUCCACAACGUGAAGAACAGCCAUCACCAUCACCUGUACAACCUGGACCUCCACCACAACAACCUCGAGAAAAAACACCAAUUGCACUUGUUGAUUACAUUCACAAUGUUAUGAAAUUUGUAGAUGCAAUAUUGAGUAAUAAUUCAACAGAUGAUCACUGUCGUGAAUUUGUCUCUCAAAAAGGUUUAGUACCAUUAUUAUCUAUUCUUGGAUUACCAAAUUUGCCAGUCGAUUAUCCUGUGGCACAACCCGCACAAUCUGUUGCAUCAGUUUGUAAGAGUAUUCUUAAUCUUGCUCAUGAGCCACUUGUAUUAAAAACCGGUCUAUUACAACUUAAUGAAGUACUCAGUCUUCUUAAACCACUUCAUAGUCAUAUGGAAUCACCUGGUGGUUCAGUUCUUCUUCAUGAACUUGCAUCAGCACCAAAUUUAGAAACAGCAUUUACAAAUGAUACUGCAACACCAUUGCUUCAUGCAAUGAAUGCAGCUCACAGUUAUGUUGUAAUGUUUGUUCAUGUUUGUCGAACUAGUCAAAGUGAAAUAAGAAAUCUCUCUAUGAAUCAUUGGGGUUCAGAGCUUGGUUUAUCAGUUCUUCAAGGUUUAUCAGAAUUAUACAUGUCACUUGUAUGGGAAAGUACGCUUUUACUUGCACUCUGUAGUGAUGAUAGUAUUCCAGCUGGUUGUGAUUUUGGUAAAGAAGACAUGGAUAAACUUAUACCAGCUGAAUUAAGAGCAGAUGGAGAUACAUCUGUUUGGCCAAAUACUUCUGCUGCAUCAGAUAUGGGUAGUAAUGGUAUGACAACUGCAAUGGAAGCAUUAAGUACUGAUCCACCACCAGUAUCAAUGGAAGUAGAUGACAAACCAAGUACCAGUACUGGAAGAGCAUCACCCAGUGCACAUCAACUUAAAUAUAUUAAACCACUUUUGGGAGCAUCAUCAAGACUUGGACGUGCUUUAGCUGAACUUUUUGGUUUAUUAGUUAAACUUUGUAUGGGAUCACCUAUCCGACAACGCCGUGGACAACAAUUACCAAUGAUGCCAGCGAUUCCUAAUUCUGCUGCACGAGGUGUAGCAUGUGCUCUUAAUAUACUUCUUACUCGUGGAUUGUCUUGGGAUAAACUUCCGCCAUCACCACUUCCUAAAUUUAAAUUAACUUUCUUAAUUUGUUCUUUAGGAUUUACUUCACCAAUGUUAUUUGAUGAAAAACGACAUCCUUAUCAUCUGAUGCUACAGAAAUUUGUUCAAUUAGGUGGACAAAAUGCUUUUUUCUCUACCUUCCGUUGGGCUUUAUCAGGUGGAGAACAAUUUCCUUUAUCUGAAGGUUUAGAACAUCCAGAUUUACCUGAUGGAACUGGUGAAUUUCUUGAUGCUUGGUUGAUGCUUUUAGAAAAAAUGGUUAAUCCAAAAGCUAUAUUAGAUUCACCUCACGUUGGAUUAGCCAAGUGUACUAGUUUCAAUAAUACUUAUCGAUCCCAAGAUCCAAUAAUUAAAUAUUUACAAGAUAUACACAAAAAAGCAUUUGAAGCAGUCAUGCUUAUGUGGGGUAAGAAACCUUUAAAGAAUUACGGCGCACGAAUGACUGAAUCUAUACUAUCUAUACUACGACACAUUCUUCGUGGAGAAAAAUUAAUAAAAGAACGUACAGAAGAAGAAACUACUGAAGAUACAUCAAGUACCAGUGGAACAGCUGCAGCAGCACCUAGAACAGGAAGUAAUAAUGCUACAGAGCGACGAGAUGAUCCUGAAGCUGAUAUUAAUGCAGAACAUCUUCGACAAUUAAUGGAUAUGGGUUUCAGUCGUGCUCAUUGCGUAGAAGCAUUACUCCAUACGUUAUCUGUCGAGCAAGCAACAGAUUAUCUUUUAAGUAAUCCAGCAACUCAACGUAGACCUGACGUUUCUAUUGGUGAUGCUAGUGGACAAGGACCCAUUAUGGAUUUAGACUUUACAGAUGAUCAAGUAAUGUAUGCUAUUGCAAUGUCUCUUGGUGAUUCAGAUUCACGUAAAUCUGUUGAAGAACCACGAGAUAUACCUAUUACACAAACAAUUGAUGAAUUUACUAGCACUGCUCUAGAACAGUGUCUUAAUUUACUUGAUUUAAUGCCUGAUACUGUAUACAGAAUUUGCGAUCUUUUAGUAACAAUAACAAAAAGAAAUGGUGAAGAAUGGCGUGAUACUAUGUUACGUCAUUUGAUGCGUGAUAUUGGUGAGCUAGUUGAUUAUCUUAUUGACAUUGCCGAAUCACCAGAUGAGGAUGCUGGUACUAGAUUAGUUGAAUGUGAACAAGCUACAAAAGUUGCUGGACGUAUAUAUUUAUAUACACUGUUCUUUGAAGGUACUUUCCAAGAAAUGAGAGUUCCUUGUGCUCAGAUAGUUGAAGAUUGUGCUAUUCUUGAUAAACUAGUUCGUUUAUUAGUAAUCAGUGAAGGACCAUUAACAUUAAAUAAAAAUAAACUUUCAAAAGAUUGUAAGGAUGGCCAAAUUCCUGCUGUUAAAACACCUAAAUGGCUUGCACCUCUUCUUUUACUUAUUGAUAGACUAGAAAAAGUUGCUGUAUUAACUCAACGUAAACAACUUAUGCACAAAGUAACUAAUAGAAUAUGGAAAUGGUUUGAUUUAAGUACUGGAAAAUGGACCCCUUAUUCACCAUUAAAUAAUCGUUUGAUAAAUGACGCUUAUUGGGCUGGUGAACCAAGUGUAAGAAUAAAUUGUUCACGUCGAAGAUAUUUAAUAACAUUUUCGUGCAUGACACAAGUUAAUGAAGACAGUGAUAAUAGACGACCUAUAACAAUGGGUUUUAAAUUUCACAAUACCAACAGUGAUGAUGCUAGUUCAGGAUCAGACUCAAAUAUGGAUACUGAAGAAACACCAACAGAAGAAAAACGUAAUACAGUUGUUCAAGGUUUAGAUCCAAGUAUUGCACCAAGUAUUGUUCGUGCCUGUGUUAAAUUACUAGCAAUUCCUGUUGAUCGUGAUACUUUACAUGCUUUAAUGAAAGUGUGCUUACGAUUAACUCGUGAUUAUAAAAAUGCUGAGGUAUUUGCUAGAGAAGGUGGAGUACAAUUACUUUUGGAUAUGACUCAAGCUAGUAGUUUUAUUGGUUGUAUUAAUUUGAGUACUCUUUUAAUUCGACAUACUCUAGAAGAACCACGAACACUUCGUCUUGCUAUGGAAAAAGUUGUCCGUAGUCGUACUCAAGCAAAUAUUCCACCUGCUUAUAAAGAAAUUCUAUUUAUGACACGACAAAUUAGUAGUGCUGUUUGUAGAAAUCCUGAUGUUUAUCGUCAAGUUUGUGAAGAUAUUUUACGAGUGGAUAUAAGUGUUUUAAAAAAAGAUGAUACUGAUAAUCGUCUUGUUGUUAAAGCUUUACCAUCAAAUCAUUCAUCAGCAAUGCCAAUGGCUGAAGAUGUUUCUGUAAGUGUUGUUCAUGAUCUUCUUGAUGCUUUAAUAAAGCCAGUUCCUGUAUUUCCGGAUGAUAAUACAACUACACCAAUAGGAAGUCCUGAAAAAAAAUCUACAACAAUUACAACAAUAGCAACAACAGGCCUUGGUGUAUCAACAACAACAACAACAAGCUCACGACGAACUGAUGGUACAAGAAAUAAUGCAUCUACUACAAAUGGACCAUUAGAUGAUGAUGAUCAAAUAGUACCACUAAAAAUGUAUACUGAUUAUAUAAAUAAUGGUAAAGUUGAACCUGAAGAAGCUAAAAAACCUUUACUUUCAAAAUCAGCAAUUUUAAAAAUGUUAGCAGAGUCAAUACGCUCUUAUGGUGCUAUUGCUAAUUUAAUAGCUGAACAUACAUACAGAGCAGGACAAAGUGAAAUGGUUACUGAAGAUACAACAGCACUAGGUUUUCUUUUGGAUAAACUUUUACCGGUAUUGCCUGAAAAUUCCGGUGAUCGUCAGUGUAGUAGUAUGGCAAGAAUGCUUAUUGCUGCUAUUGCUUCUUGUAAUCAUUCACCUGAUGCUCAAACAACUUUAGUUACUGAAGUUAAAGCAGCAUUACUACGAACUUUAGCAUUACCCGAAAGUUCAGAAAAACAUGCUCAAUUACAAUUACUAAUUGGACUAAUUUCGACAAUGAUUGAUAGUUGUCCUCCUACAUCACACACUCCAUUACGAGUACCACAAAAAGUUCAUCAGUAUAACAAUGUUAACUAUGUUGUCAGAAUAAUGCUAAAAAAAGGAAUAAUUACAGAUUUAGCAAAAAUUCCUCAUAGUCUUGAUUUAUCAAGUCCAAAUAUGGCUGGUACUAUUAAUGCAGCAUUGAAACCUCUUGAAACAUUAUCAAGAAUUAUUAAUCAACCAAUGCCUGGUACAGUUAAUAAUAAAUUUCCAAAACCGAAAAAUCGUACUGUUCAAGAUGAACCAAUUGGUGAUCAAACUGGUACAACAACAUCAGAAGCAACUCAUGCAGUUGGUGAGGAAGCUAAUGAAGAUGCUGAAAAUACAGAGCAUGAUAUUUCAUUGAAUGCUGAAAGUCUUGAACCAACUUCUGAAAGUCAAGUUCAAGAUGAAGGUGAUGAAGCUGCAUUAGAAGAUAUCAUGGAUCAACUCUUGGAAAGUGUUUUAUUUUCCAGAGACGGCUCUGCCGUUACUGAAGAACCAACGUCACGAUCUCACAGACCAAUGGAUAUUGAUGAUGAAAGUCUUGCAAUGCGUGAUACUGAUGGUGACUUUGAUCCAACCCGUGAUACAACCGUAAGAGAGGAUUUAAUGAGCUCUGAUUCAGACUCAGAUAGUAAUCAAUCAGAUGAUAAUGAAGAUGAUGUUCAGGAUGAUGAUGACGAUGAAGAAGAGGAAGAGGAAGACGAUGGUGAAGAAAAUGAAGAAGAAGAUGAAGAGGAAGAAGAGUCAUCAAACUAUGGAGAAGAAGAUCACAUGGGUUAUAUCGAAGGUAUUAGUGAUGCUGUUCGUAUGAUGGCAUCCGCUGAAAGAGACGUCAGUAAUGUCGUAAUGAUUCCUCAUAAUUAUGACAAUCAUGAGAAUAAUUCAACGUUACCUACAUCAACAAGACCUAACCACUCUUGGAGUGCAAACUUCCCUUUACCUGUUUCAUUAUUUGAGGAUUUACCGUCUGUCUCUGAAGGUAAUGGCAUUGGAUCACAUCCAUUAUUAAUGGGGCAAAGUAGUCUAGACAUAGCUAACUCAAGAGCUCAACGAGCUUUACGUCAACGUAGAUAUCAAUAUCUUCAAAUAGCUAAUCCAAGAAACUCAAAUUCUCCAGUUAUUUUACAACGAUUAUUGGUCCCAGCAGCACAGACACUUCCAAUGUCAGCCAGUCAAGUAUUAGCAUCUGGAUUCCGUGAUACACGUGUCGUUGUAAUGGAUAAUAGUCUUGGUAUUUUUUCUAAUCAGGAAGAAGAACAAAUAGAUUUUGUUGAUCAAUCGGGUUACUUAUUUGGGCCAAGUUUAGCAGCAACAUUAAAUAACAUUCCUACUGCUCUUCAUUGGUGGAUUGAAGAGAGCAAACUGUUGGAUGGUGAUUCACAACCUGAUUGUUGUGUUGGCGUUGUUCAUAAAUUAAUUCCAGGAUUAGAAAAACAACGUAAUGCUGAAUUAGCAGAGAGAAAAGAUAAACGUAAAAAACAACAAAAUACUGAAAAAGAUUCUGAAAAAGACACUAAAGAUACUAAAGAAACUUUAAAAACACGUGAAUCAGGAUCAUCAGUUAUUGUAUCAUCUCAAGCUGAACAACAACAACCAUCAGGAUCUGUUUUAACAAGAACAAGUUCUAGAAGACUCGCUGAUACUGUUGAAGCUGCAGUAGAAGCUGUCAGGCAAAAUAGUGAUCGUGAUGAAAGUGUAAUUGAAAUUACUGGUGAGAUGGAAGUUACUGUUCAAGAUGAUGAAGAUCGAACCCCACCUCCACCACCACCACCUCCAGAAGAACAAAUGUCUGAAACAAGAAAUCCUCUAUCUAUUCUCAAUGCGCCACUUGAACUUGCUGAAAGUUUAAUAGAUUCUGUUCUUCAACCUAGUGCAGAAGAAGCUACAAGAUUACGAAGGCUGACAUCAAAUCUUGAUUCAGAUGAAAUAAAUCUCAAUCGUUCAUACAAUCAACUUCCAGAACCAAGAGAUCCAGGUGCAUGGGUACACAGAUUUUUGGGUCUUGAACAACCUCGACGGGAAAAUAAUGCCAUUAUUUCAAUUCAAGAUCCUGCAUCAUCAUCUACCACUGAUAACAGUGCUGUAACAUUCACGGAACAACCAGUACCUCAACAAACACCAGAACAACAACAACAAUCACAAUCACAACAGGCAACACCACAGACACCUUCACAACAAACAACACCACAAGAAGCCCAACCACAAUUGAUUGAACCACAAGAAACGUCAUCUGAACAACCACAACAACAAUCUCCUUCACAACAAACACAACAACCAGAACAAGCGCAAGCACAGCAACAAGUAACCCAAGAUCUUCAAUUACCAGAUGGAGUGGAUCCUUCAUUUCUUGCUGCGUUGCCUGAUGAAAUGCGUGAUGAAGUUAUUGCUGAACAGUUAAGACUUCAACGAAUAAGACAACGUACACAAGCAACCGUUGUUGAAGAAGUCACUGGACCAGUAGAAGUUAAUCCUGAAUUUUUAGCUGCACUGCCACCUGCUAUUCAAGAAGAAGUUCUUGCACAGCAACGAUUAGAGCAACAACGUCAUGCAGCAGCUUCAGCAAAUCCAGCAGAUCCAGUAGACGCUGCAGCUUUCUUCCAAAAUCUUCAACCUUCAUUACGACAAGCUAUUCUUACAGAUAUGGAAGAAUCACAGAUGUCUGUACUGCCUCCUGAUCUCGCUGAAGAAGCACAAAAUCUUCGAAGACAAUGGGAAGCUCGUAAUCGACAUUUAAUGCAAGAACGUUUUCUUAAUCAUGUAAGUCAAGGUAAUACAACACUUUCAAGUAUUUUAAGAAACUCUGGAAGAGGUAGAGGAGGAGGUACACGAUACGCAAUCCAUUCAGUAACUCAGAGAGCUCAAUGGAACUCAUGGAAUCCACGUGGUGAAACUAGUAUCGCUCAUCAAAGUGCUGGAUUACGUUUACGUGGACGUCAACUUCUUGAUCAUGAGUCAAUGGCAUGUUUACUCGUACUUUUAUUUGUUGAUGAACCAAAAAUUAACACAUUAAGACUUCACAGAGUAAUUAGAAAUCUUUGUUAUCAUACAAGCACACGUGAAUGGGUAGUAAAAGCUCUUUUAAAUAUUAUGGAACGUAGUAAUGAUGAAAAUAAAGAAAUAAUGAGUGAUUUUACUAGUAAAUUUAAAAGAAAAACAGUACAUCCAUCUAUUGAUUAUUGUUCACCAAAAUUAUCAGAAUCAAGAAAUAAUUUACAAUCGUGGUUAAAUAUAAGUAUUGAUGCUGCUCUUGGCUGUCGUGCUAAUGUAUUUCACGUUUUACGACAUAGUGGAAAAAAAUCAGAAAGACAAGGAAACGUAAUUGCUAUUCAUCCUCAAGCAGCACCAACUGUUUGUAGGCAUACACUAGAACUUCUUAUUUCUUUAGCUAAAAGUUUUCCUGGUUACUUUGUGCCAACUAAAUUUAAAGAAUCUGAAGAAAAAAGUAAAGACAAAGAAACUAAUGGUAAAGAAGAGACUGGAGCAAAACCAAAAUCUGCAUCAAAAUCUACAAAAAGUGAUAUUCCUGAUUUUUGGGAUAUGUUACUCAGACUUGAUUCUUGUGCUUCAAAAAAAGGUAAAUCCGUUGCUCGAACACACUUUACAUCUGGAUUUGGCAGUGAACCAGAACAAAGUUUAACAUCAUUUGAAUCUUCAGCUUUCGGACAAUUAAUAUCUAUGCUCCAUUGGUCAGUAGUAAGACGUAGUAGUCAAUUAACAGAUAAAUUACUUCGACUUCUUUCUCUUAUUUCAAUUGGUCUUACUGAAGUUAAUUCUUAUCGACGUCAAGAUGCUACAAAAAAUAAAAAAGUUGAACCAAGUAAAGAACAAAGUGUUGCUGCACCUGAAGGACAUCUUCGUCUUGCUGUUCAAGUUUUAACAAGUAAAAGUUGUUCUGAAGAAGGUUUAGAGGAUGCUACUGCUUUACUUCUUAAUUUAUCACACUGUCCAGAUCCUACACGACAAUUGAUAUUGAAACUUUUAUUAGAAGGAGCUAUGGAGUUAGCUAAUAUGGUGUGUGAUCAUAUUAGUGAAUUAAUGAAAGAACUUAAAGUGUUAAAUCGUGAAAUACGCCGUAGAAAUUCACUAGAAGAGCAACCAUCAACAAGUACCGGUGGUUCUGGUCGUGGUAAUUUAACAGAUCGAUUUACUCAAGAUAGUGUUAUUAUUACUGCACCAUCAAAAGUUAAAGCUGGUACUGAUCUUCAAUUACCAUCAAUGAGUGCACUGGUCAGCAAGACUUCUAGUCAAGCAUUCUUCUUACGAAUACUUAAAGUUAUUGUACAAAUUAGAGAAGCCGUUUAUUUGGCAAAUAAAAAGAAAAAUGAGACUGCACAACAUACGGAGACUGUUAUGGAAACUACAAUACCAUCAACACAACAAGUACAAGAGACAACGGUUGAUGAUAAUACAUCUGAAAGCACUGCAAUGGAUACUGCACAAGCUGCUAACACAACAACACCGAUAACAACAGCAAUAACAACGAUGUCGACAGCUACAACGACAACAACAACAACAGCAGCAGUAGCAGCAGUAACAUCACAGCCAGACAGCCAUAAAACGCCAACAUCAUCACGGACAGAUGAGGAUAAAUCAGCACUUCCAUUGUUAAGUGAAAGUUUGGUAUUGGAUAAUUUAUGGGAAACUUUAAGUGCUUGUUUACUCGAGUUAGAACAUACUCCAGAUCAUCAUGCCGUCCUUGUUCUACAACCUGCCGUUGAAGCCUUCUUCUUGGUACAUUCGUCAUCAAGUACGUCAACGCGUGAUCGUAACAAUGACGCAAAUGCUGAAACAAGAGAAGCUGUAGCAGAUGUUGCACCUGUUUCACCAAUUUAUAAUGAAAAUGAAGGUCAAUCACAAAGCGAAACUGCCAAUGCUAUUUCUUCAUGGGAUAUGACUCCCGCACCACAUAAAUCAUUACCGUCCGAUCAAUUGAAAUUCCUUAAAUUUGCUGAAACACAUAGAACAGUGUUAAAUCAAAUACUACGGCAAACAACGACUCACUUGGCAGAUGGUCCAUUUUCAGUACUUGUUGAUCAUACGAGAGUUUUAGACUUUGAUGUUAAACGAAGAUAUUUCCGAACGGAAUUAGAGCGAAUGGAUGAAGGAAUACGAAGAGAAGAACUUGCUGUUCAUGUUCGCAGAAGUCAUGUAUUUGAAGAUUCCUUCAGAGAACUUCAUCGUAGAAAUGCUGAUGAAUGGAAAAAUCGUUUUUACAUUGUUUUUGAAGGUGAAGAAGGUCAAGAUGCUGGUGGUUUACUCAGAGAGUGGUAUGUCAUUAUUUCAAGAGAAAUAUUCAAUCCAAUGUAUGCACUCUUCACUGUCAGUCCUGGUGAUCGCGUUACAUAUAUGAUUAAUUCAUCAUCUCAUUGUAAUCCAAAUCAUUUAUGUUACUACAAAUUUGUCGGCCGAGUAAUAGCUAAGGCAAUUUAUGACAACAAAUUAUUAGAGUGUUAUUUCACUCGUAGUUUUUACAAGCAUAUUCUUGGUAUUCUUGUAAAACAUACUGAUAUGGAGAGCGAAGACUAUAGUUUCUACAAGGGCCUUGUGUAUCUAACUGAAAAUAAUAUUUCUGAUCUUGGAUACGAAUUGACUUUCUCUGCAGAGGUCAAUGAGUUCGGGGUCAAUGAUGUAAGAGAUUUGAUACCAAAUGGACGCAAUAUAGUUGUUACAGAAGAAACGAAACUUGAGUACAUAAGAUUAGUCUGUCAAAUGAAAAUGACUGGAGCUAUUCGUAAACAAUUAAAUUCAUUCUUAGAAGGUUUCUAUGACAUAAUUCCCAAACGUUUAAUAUCAAUAUUCAAUGAACAAGAACUUGAAUUAUUAAUAAGUGGUUUACCAAACGUCGACAUCGAAGAUCUUCGAGCAAAUACAGAAUAUCAUAAAUACAGUGUUACCUCGCUACAGAUUCAGUGGUUCUGGCGUGCUUUGCGUGGAUUUGAUCAAGCGGAUCGAGCAAAAUUUUUACAAUUUGUCACGGGUACAUCAAAAGUACCACUUCAAGGUUUUGGUGCCCUUGAAGGUAUGAAUGGUGUACAGAAAUUCCAAAUUCAUCGUGAUGAUCGUUCGACAGAUAGAUUACCGUCUGCACAUACAUGCUUCAAUCAAUUAGAUUUACCUGUGUAUGAGACCUAUGAUAAAUUACGAAGCAACUUACUUAAAGCGAUUCAUGAAUGCAGCGAAGGAUUCGGAUUUGCAUAAACUAAUUGACACCUAACAGAAAAUUAAUAAAGAAAAAAAACUUUUUAUAAUUAUUUUGCAAGUUUGAUUUAUGUUUCCGGAAGUAUACGUAAAAAUAACGAAAUUAAUAAUUUCACUUGCUACGAUUCCGACUAAACAUAAAUAUUAAAAGGCAAUAUAAAACAAGAAAUUAAAUAUUCAAAUAUAUAUUAAUACGCUAUAAAAAAAAUACGGUUUAUAAUUUAUACAACCGAUGCCGAAACUUGCAUUAACUCCAAUCACAAGCAUAAUUAAACAAGCGUAUAUACAUGUUAUGAAUCGGAGGUGUAAUUAUUAAAAUUCACCCUACAACGCUUCCCAGAAAAAAAAAUGUCAGAGUUUAUUUUGUUGAAUGAAUAAAUUGCACAGUUGCAGAGCUUAAGAUUAACUUUGAAUAUAAAAAAGAAAAAAAAAAUUAAUAUUAAUACUUGAUAUAAUAAGUUUUUAUUUGUAAACCUAAAUAGUAGAUGUCUUUGUUAUGAAUAAUAUCUAGAAGCAAAAAUUGUAAGAUAUUAUACUUUGAGCGAAGUAAAAAAAAAAGAAAAAAAAAUUGAAAGAUUGAUUAUCAGUGAUAUAUAUAUUGAUAUAUUGUAUUUCAAUCAAUAGCUUUGGUAGUUUUUCUUUUGAAUGAUGACAAAAAAUAGAUCGCGACUUUUUAAAAAUAUAAUACAAAAAAAAAAUAAAAAUAAAUGAACGAUUGAAAAAAUAACAUAUUGAAAUGUCGGUUUAGUAAAAAUGUAAGAAUGUAUGAUUGUUAUGUGUGAAUGUUAAUAAAAUCAUAAAGAGCCUAAAGAAAAAAUAAAUAACAAAAAGAAAAAAAAAAAA